AGCUGUCAAGUAUCUGUCAAUUCAAUUGCGAAAAUGGAAAUGCAAAUGUCAAAAUCGCAGCCUGAAGAUUGAGGACUGAAGAGAGAUGUCAACGAAUCACGAUUUGGAAAUUGUUUAGGGAAUUGAGUGUAUAAUAGCUGAAUAAUGGCUUUAGGAGAAGAAAUCUAUAGAAGAAAUUCAUCUUGGCCCGACACCUUCAAUGAACUCAAAUCUCUUCAUGAUCAAGCUUAUAUGAAAAUUGAUGAAGCUUUGAAGUAUGAUGAAGAAGGACAGAAAGAUAAAGCGCUGGCCAGUUACGACCAAGGGCUAAUGUUGUUGGACAAGGCUCUUGCAGUGAACAUUGAGUGUCCGAGCAGUCCAGAUCUUAGUUGGGAGCGAGCUUGCUGUAUGAUGGAUAAGAUGAGGAAAACUAGGAAAGAAAUCUUAUCGAGAGUGGCGGACACACAGGUGCAGCCGACUCCAGAACUUCGGCCACCAGAGCGACCCGAGGAUCUUGCGUUGGAGCCUCCACCAUCAUACGACGAGGCAAUGGCGACCUCACCAUCUUCCUCCUCGGCUUCCAACAUACCUUCCCUUCCGACCUCCUCUCCCCUUCCUUCCCUCACCCCCAGGACGUACGGGGAGUUGGGGGAGGUCCUUCAGACCCUUAAGGUGGAAACUAACAUGCAAAGUGUGAAGGUUAUGUUCCACGUUGACGGUGUACGAGUGUACUUUAUUUCUCCGGACGGCAGCGUGAGCGCACCCUCGCAGCCGACACAGCUUAGAGUGCUGGAGUUGGAGGACGGACGAGAGGAGGGUCUUCCGAAAUACUUUCUACAGGUCGGGGAGUGGUUUUACCCUCUGGUCCCUGAUGUUUCGCCGUGUUUCCGAUCAGAUUAUGGAGCAUUCAUCUUGCCAGACGUCCAGUCUCAAGUCGAAGGAGCUGCAGUAGGACUGAUACUACCCCCAGAGGCGGACAUCUCACUGUUUGAGCUGCUGGAGGAUGUUCUCCACGGAGUCGUGUCACAGCCACCCACAGCUCCGCCACGCACACGCACACGCAGAGACAACUUCAGUACUACCAUCUCUAAGGGCAUUGUAACUGGGGCCCAUUACGUCUCCACAGGACUCAUCAAGGGGGCAGAGGCAGCGAGUAACUAUGUAAGUUCCACAACACCUAAGAUCAUCUCAAAACUGAGUCCUGAGGAACCCCGCCCUGUCCCACCUACGAUCCGUACGGGGGCCAAGGUAGCGAGAUCUGUCACUCAUACUGCAGUCAACGUCACUGGCUUUGUGGGCGAUAAUGCUGAAAACACACUGGACGAAAAUGAAAUUUCUGAAGAUGAAACGUCUGAAACAAAAACUGAAACAGUCGAUUCAACUGAAACAACCAGUGAAGGUGAUUCAAGCAGACACAAACGGCACAGACAUAAACAUAGACAACACUUGUUGAGAUUAAAAAGUGAUAAAAACAAACCAGAAGUUGAAACGGCCGGAACUUCAAGUGAACAACACAAACGGCACAGGCAUAAACACAGGAGUUACCUGUCAAAAUACAGUAAAACUGAUGAAAAUGAAACACCCACAGAUGAAACAAACAUCGAAGAUGAUGCAAGUGUAUCACACAGACGUGGACAUAGAAUGUCGAAGCUUAGUAGAGAAUUAAAUAAGUUGAAACUCGCACCGAGUUGGCAGCCUUUGCCUCGUCCAAGAGUGAAAUACGGGAAACACAGAGCUUCAGCUACUCUCUUAGCCAAAGAUCAUGGAUCUACGAGCUCAACAGACAAGAAAACGGGGAAGGUGGGUUCAGCAACAAUGGCCCUGGGUCGCUACCUAGCCCCGCAUGUGCAGAAGGGAGGUACCAAGCUGCUAGCCAAGGUGGGGGUGGCUGAGGACAAGGCUGCGGAGGGGGUCGGGGGAGUGCUGACUGUAGCAGCGGGGGCUGUGGAAGGGUUUGGUACUAUAUACACAGGGCUGGAACAGUCUGCCAACUUACUGGGCAGUAGCCUGGCCAACAAUACUGUCAAGAUAGUACAGCACAAAUACGGGGAACCGAUGGCGGAGGUGACUGGCAAUACUUUGUAUACGGUUGGCAACGUUUACAACACCACCAACAACAUCAGCAACCUCACACCAAAGGGUCUGGCCAAGAAAACAGCAAAAAAUACGGGGAAGGCCCUUGUGGAUCCACAUAGACCAGACGUCAACGGGAAACCAGACCAGGGUGCAACGGACAAACCUUCUACCUCUACAGAGAAGUAACUGUCUUAAAACUAUCCUCGUUGACCAUUCAGUAUUGUUUGUGUAGCGGUAAACCCGUUCUCUUUAAAUGUUGUUAAAAUCGCAUGACAUUGUUGUUUGCUAAUAAUUUACAACUAAGACUUCCAAAACUUUUCAGUACUAUUCCACAUUAUGUGUAUUUGGCUUGUCGUCAUGAUGCACAAACAUACUUAAACCAUUUAGUUGUAAUCCAUGGGUUUAAUUUAUUUUACGCCACACUACAUUAUUUUGACGAACUUCCCGCGCAAGGAUUUAGUCCAGAAAACAGCUGUUUGCCGCCAGCUUAUUCAAAUGGGGUUUCAUUGCGUACUACUGUACUGCAAUGAGUUUUGCCGGACACCAAUCAGCUGAUUUUAUACUGUAUUUAGGUGGCAGUGAGUGGUUAUAAACAAAAACAUAACCUCUCUUAGAGGUUAUGACUAGUGAUUUUUAGUCCUUUAGUUGGUGGAAAUAUAUAAGGAUUUGUACGGAUUUAGUAGUAUGGCGUAACGUAAACUAUCGUACGUAACUCGUCCAAAAUGUGUGUACCGGACUCGUAUGGUAAUCCCGUACUCGACUUCGUCUCGCACGGGAACGACCACACUUGUCCGGUAAACACUUAUUUUCAGGACUAGUAACGUAAUAUACUAUCCUCACAAAAAUUACAGCUGAUGAAAUCAAUAUUUGCCUGCAGAAAGGCUUUAACCCUAGCAGUGGCCAAUGUUAGAAGUGGGGAAUGGCCAACCCAUUUUGGCGAUUUUGCAGACCUUUUUUUGAAAAUUCGUAAAAAUUCAACCGUACAAGUAAA